AUGUCUCUCUUACCAGUGAUCCUCGUGACCUUCUUCCUGGUCUUUUGCUGUGCGGCUGGUCCGAUUGCUCCUUUUGCUUCCAAGAGAGACCUGGAGUCGCUCUCCCCAUCUCCUUCGCUCACUACACCUUAUGUGCACGUUGCCAGUUCUUCGGUCGAUGACGAUGACGACAAUGAGAUCAACGCUUUGACUGUAGUUCCGGUUACACCCUCCAGUCUGCCUCAGACUGCAUCCAGCUCUAGCACCACCAUCGAGCCAGCGCUAUCCAGCUCAGCUGCGUUCAUUCAAGAGUCUUCGAUAGUUGCUGCUACUACCUCGUCCCUGUCCGAGUCUUCCUCUGCAGUUACGCACUCGUUCGCUCCAAGCACCUCGUCAGAUAGCACUGUGAAUACCUUGUCGCAGACUCUAACGUCUACGACUACAACUACAACUACAACUUCCUCACCUACAACACUUGGCGAGCCAUCCUCAGCACCCUUCUCGCCUCUCUCAAGUGCAGUACGAAGCUCUCAUACGACAAGUUCUUCAUCGCAUAUUAUGCAUAUCACAACACCCUCUACUACACUUUCAGAGAGCUCCCAGAUUGUAACCCCCUCAAUCAUCAUACCAGGAGGGCCAAUGGAAGCCUCGUCGUCUCACGCACCCGGGACAGCAACUUCUUCUCACAUCACCCAUGAGACGUCAUCUUCUGCUGUCAGAGUAUCACAUUCAUCAAGCGCAGCAGCAGAGAUGUCAAAAUCAUCUCCGUCACACCAGGGGACGCUCAAUUCAUCUAGUAGACUACUACAUUCCUCGACAGCCGCACUCCUGCCAUCAAGCACCGCUCCAGAGAGCGCUCCAGAAACUUCAUCCACACGCACUUCGGAGACUACAACGUCCACCAGCCUCACGAUUGGAGUCAUCGUGCCUCUCCCAGAAGCCAGUACUAGCCCUUCCACCAUGCUUGAAAUGUCAUCCUCCACCUCACAGUCCAGCGAGAGCAUAACAACUACAGCCGAUGACACCUCAUCCGCAUCCAGCACAAAAGUCCUCUCAACACCCACUGAAAGCGAAACUACCACACCGACCUCCCACACAGCCAGCCCAUUCAUCGGCGUAACUAUACCCACGACAACCAAGACCACACAGCCAGCAGACCCAGCGGACAUAACAACAACCACCACCACCCCCACAUCAGAAGCAGAGGACGCCACCACAACCUCAGCCCCAACUCCAGUCGUCGUCCUAGUCACGCCCGAAGGGUCAACAACCGUCAUCGGAACCUCCUCCUUCAUAGCGCCUAACCCAGACAUCACCAGCACAUCCACAUCCACAUCUUCCCUCACCACUACCAUUGAACCAACCCCAACUACAUCCACAACCGAACCCCCAACCACCCUCCACGCCACAUCAACAACAAUCCAGACCGUCUACGUAGUCAUAACGGAUACACCCACCCCCGAACCAACAUGGGAUUCCACGACCAUUGCUACUGCCAUUAUUACUGUUUAUGAUAAGUCAACCUCGGAAACCGUCCCCACCACAACCACCACAUCACGAGCUGGAGAAGAGAUGGAGUCAACGACAACUACUCCGUUAGAUACAGAACAAACAUCAACUCAAUCUACCGAAGACGAAAUCCCCACGUCCACACCUAUAGCGGAUACAGAAACAGCAACAGCAAUAAUCACAUCCUAUCCCUCUACAUCCACUUUGUCUGGUGAAACGGGAGAUGUUAUUAGGAUUGUGCCUGUGACGCCUACGGGUCCGAUUACUGUCACUGUCACGGUGACUGAGAAGGAGAGGGAGACGGUGACCAAGACGGAGACGGUGACGGAGAGGGUUACUGAGACGGAGAGUGUGACUACGUGA